AUGACCUUGUUGACCAUUCUGGUAGGCUUUCUUCUUGGGUGGGUCACGAUUGCUGUCAAUGGGAAGGGAUUUCAUGCGACAACCGCACCGGUCAUGUUGAAGAUGGACCUCCAAAAUCCAUAUCCAUAUUUCGAUUUUUAUGAUACACGAGAUGAGCCGGCGGCUUAUGAUGAAGAGUCUUGCUUGGGAGGUAAGAUAAAUAAUUCUUUGCUUAGUCUAAAACAUUUAAAUUACCUGGACCUAAGCAACAACUUUUUUCGUAGCAAUCAAAUUCCUACGUUCUUUGGGGAGCUUAAAAGCUUGCAGUAUCUCAACCUUUCCUUUGCAUCAUUUGAGGGAGAGAUUCCCCCUUCUUUUGGUAACCUGUCAAGCCUGAACAUUCUUGACUUCGGGAGGAAUUACAACUUAUCUUCCAGAAACUUGAAUUGGCUUUCUCACCUUUCUUCCCUGAAAUCCAUUAAUCUCAGAGACAUGAACCUUAGAAGCACAGGAGUCAGUUGGGCAUAUGAUAUUAACAUGCUUCCUUCAUUAGAGUCACUAGAUUUGUCUGGGUGCAGUCUGGAAAGCCAAUUGCCGGCCUCCUUAGGAAUGUUAAAAAGUUUGCAUCAUCUCAACCUUGGGGACAAUAAUUUGUGGGGCUCAAUUCCAUUCUCCAUUGGAAACUUGUCAUCUUUCGUGACAUUGGACUUGUCUAGUAAUAAAAUGAAUGGCUCCAUUCCAGAAAGUAUAGGACAACUCACCAACCUACUUUACCUAGAUCUGUCUCAUAAUUCAUGGGAAGCCAUUCUAACGGAGACCCAUUUCAUAAAUCUUACUAGAUUACAACAUUUUGGUGUAGGAGGCCGAUACCAACCCGUGUCCCUCAUUUUCAACGUGGCUUAUGAUUGGGUUCCUCCUUUCAAGCUCCACACUAUUCAGAUCAUACACUGUCAGAUAAGUCUUGGUUUUUGGGUAUGGCUCCAAUCUCAAACUGAAUUGUCUUAUGUUGGGCUUCGUGGUAAUGGAAUCUCAUAUUCCAUAUCAGAGGAAUGGUUGUCGAAGAUAUCUUCCCAGCUCAUCCUACUAGACUUGUCUUACAACCAAUUUCGUGGAAACUUUCCAUCUCAUUUGAAAUUUCCCAAAUUAGAACUUAUUGAUUUGAGUCAUAAUCAAUUGGAGGGUCCACUCCCACUUUGGUGGUCCACUAAUGUCAAGUACCUGAUUUUUUAA